UGCCCGGGACCCUUGGACCCUUGUUCAUCUUUCCUUUCCGCGUAAGUUGCGCGGCUUGGCCAAAACGGCCAAGCGGGGUUUGCGCGAGCGCUUUCUGGCGCCAUGACCUUCUUCGACUGGUGGGGCUUCUUGGGGACGGGCAUCCAGAGCAUGUUUGCCUGGAUGACCUUCAACCGAGAUGGCUUUGCCGACAACGUUUCCUGGCGGCAGGCGCAGAAGUACCAGCAGAAGAACUACAACAUCAGUUGGAUCGCCAUCGCGCGAGACGACAUCCGAGACAUGAUGGGGAUCUCGGUGAACCGUAUCAACAACUACAUGAUCGUGGCAACCCUCAUUCUCAGCGUCGCUGCCGGGGCGCUGAUGAGUGUGUCCUUCAAGGAGGAUUGUCCCGGGUUCAUCGUGUACUGCUUCUACCUUUGCACGGGCAUCUCCAUCAUUUUCUUGAUGCUGUCGAUCAUGUUCGGGGUGAAAGGCCAAAAUUCGGCCUUCACCAACACCAUGAAGCUUUUGACCUACCAGGUCCGUCCUGAGAAUCCGGCAGAGUAUUCCCACGACUACAUGAAGCAGGCGCAGUGGUUGGAGAGGAAUGGCCUUGGAGCGCUCUUCCGCAUCCCCGGGAUCAUGCCAUCCUACAACACGGACGCUGGCAAGGACACCAUGAAGAGCCUCCACGAGGCCGUGGACAUGAUCGAGAGCCACCCCAGCUCUGGCAACUCUCCGGCGCUCCAUCGCGCCCACAAGGUCCUGGGCAAGACCAAGACCGAGGAUCUGGAGAUCAACUUGGAGGAGGCGACGCCUUUGGAGUCUUUGGUGAUGCGGACUUCGCACACCUGGUACCUCACCAAGUUCGCAGAGUUCAUGCGGCUGUGGCACCCCUACGACCUCUAUUCCAAGUACUCCAUGGGCCUCGGCAUCCUUUGCCUUGGCGACAGCAGUGCCUACUUCGCACUGGGGUACUUGGCGCGCCAAGACUACGCCUUUAACGAGUACGCGGUGACCAUUGUGACCUUGACCUUCAUCCUCAUGGUGGCCCUCAUCAUCAACAGCACUUUUCGUGCGCCCGGCACCGUCCUCCGAAUCCUCACGGUGGUGAUGAUCUCCCUGGGGCCCAGCUGUGCCACCUUGGCCACGGUCACCUCUAGCCAGGCGGCGAAGCAGAUCUUCGUGCCUUUGGCCAUCCUGGCGCACUUCUUGCUGUGGGUGCUGGUCUACUACUUCGCACUGGACCUCAAGGAGUCUGCCAUCCACUUCAUCAAGCCAGGCGAUGGCUUCUUCAGCAAGGGCAAAGGUCACGGAGGACGACCUGCGGACUUGCCGCCCAAGGACCAUGAUGACUGGAAGAAGACGGAGCAGAAGUCGCACGAGGAUUGGCGCAAAGCCAGGCCAAGACAGAAGGAAAGGGCGAAGCAGGCGUACCUGGAACAAUCGCCCUGCGGCCGCGCCAGUGCCUUGUGCGGGGAGGCGCCGAUCGCGCCGUGCGCAGAGCGUCGAAGCAUCCGCGAGGCGGCAGAGGAAGGCUCGGAAGAGGCCCAGCACAUGUCCGACCACAUCGGCUGGCCAACGGACGAGGACCAGUUCUUGUCCAUAGCAGAAGCCACCCGAUUCCACAUCAGGAGCACAGCGCAUUCCACGAUUUUGGCCAGCGCAGGGCUAUGGCUGGCCAUGUUGCUCUGGGCCAUCAUGACGUACUGGUUUGCUCCCGCAGAGCCCCGCGUGUAUGCAACGAUGGCACAGGAGCAACCGCAGGUGAUUUGGCCCAGCGACAGCUUCCGGCCCAGGCUUUUGGCCUGCCACAGGGACCUCACCGUGGUCUCCGAUGGGUACCAGAUCUUCCGGCUAGACCCCAGCGGCGCAUCUGUAGUGCGCUGCCCGGGCCUCCGGGGGCCUAUCCGGGAUCUCAGCAUCUCCUGCAGCGAGGGAUGCGCGCCAGUGGCGCUGAAAGCAAACGCCGUGGUGCACUGCGGCUACGGCGCCAUGCCGCUUCAGGACGAUCUUCAGCACUUCACUGUGUUGAGUGGUGGGUCGAAGAACCUCACUGAGCAGACCUUGCUGGGCGUACAGUCCGCAGACCUGGUCUCCUACAGUUGGUCAGACGGCGAGUGGCAGACGGCGGCCUUCCUGGGCCAGCUGCAAUUUCUCAAAGAGCUUGGGGGCCUUGACAGCAGACAACUCCACAGCGACGAGGGCCUCCGAGCAUUGGAUGAGAUGCCCACAGGAGACUUGUUGGUCCUCCGGCGGCUCAAGGUGCCCAGGGCCAGCAUGCAGAUCCGGGAUCGCAACAUGAGGUUGAAAGGCCAAUGGCACUUUCCUCAAGGCUUUCCGGAGGUACAAAGCGCCUGCGCAGACGGUGACGCUUCUGUGCUCGCCUUGCCGAGCCAAAGCGGAGAUGCCGAUCCAGUUUCGCGCACCAUCAUCAGAUUGCAGCUUCCAAAGAAAUGAAGCUUGCGCC